GGUGGGCGAUAUUUUUCUACGAAGACAAAGUCCCAAACUCAGAAGCAUUAUAUAGGAUCGGAAGAUAGCUGUUUUGUCCUCUGAUCAUAGGUUUUUGAUUCCAUUUCAAAUCUCUGUCUCUGGCAUAUUGAUUUGUAUUUCCACUCCAGCACCAUGAGUUUCAUCUUCGGGAAAAGGAAGACUCCCGCAGAGCUUUUGCGGGAAAACAAGAGGAUGUUGGACAAAUCAAUAAGAGAAAUAGAACGGGAGAGACAGAGUUUACAAGCACAGGAGAAGAAACUGAUUACGGAGAUAAAGAAAACUGCCAAACAAGGCCAGAUGGGAGCUGUAAAAGUGAUGGCCAAAGAUCUUGUCAGAACACGACAUCAAAUUGAGAAGUUUUACAAGCUUAAAUCACAACUCCAGGGUGUAUCACUUAGAAUUCAGACUUUGAAAUCAACACACGCAAUGGGUGAGGCAAUGAAAGGCGUGACAAAGGCAAUGGGACAGAUGAAUAGGCGAAUGAACUUGCCAUCUUUGCAAAAGAUCAUGCAAGAAUUCGAAAGGCAGAAUGAGAAGAUGGAGCUGACAACUGAGGUCAUGGGAGAUGCAAUGGACGAUGCUCUGGAAGGAGACGAGGAAGAAGAGGAAACAGAAGAACUAGUGAACCAGGUUCUUGAUGAGAUUGGAAUUGACAUAAACCAAGAGCUUGUAAAUGCACCAUCAGCAGCAGUUGCUACUCCCGCAGCAAAAUCUAAGGUGCCUCAAGCUGAAGCUACGGGAAAUGAUGACGGUGGGAUAGAUAAUGAUUUACAGGCAAGGUUGGACAACUUAAGAAAAAUGUAGUCUUCACUUUCUAUGAUAUAUAUACAAACCCUGUCUCUGGCCUCUGCUAUGAAAUCUGGAGUUUCUUUUUCUCCCCUCUCUUCCUUUUGGGUGUGUACAUAUGACACAGCUUUGAUUGUUUGAACUGUCUUGUUGCUCGGACCCACGGGCCACGGACGACCUGAGAUUGUGAGCAACAAGAGUGUACGCUCUGUUGGAAAAAGUGUUCCUUUUAGUUUCUCCUUACGAGUCAUAA